AUGAUGGGAGAAUUUACAGGGAAUAAAGAAUUAGUGAGACAUGGUGUUACCCGAUUUGCUACUUCAUUCUUGACAUUACAGAGCGUGCAUCGUCAAAAACAUACUCUGAGAAAUAUGUUUACCUCUGAGAAAUGGGUGACAAGUAAAUGGGCAAAAGAAGCAAAAGGCAAGAGGGCUGCUGAUAUCAUCUUAAUGCCAUCCUUUUGGAAUCAUGUAGUUUAUAUAUUAAAGGUAAUGGGCCCUCUUGUUCGAGUCCUUCGAUUGGUGGAUAAUGAAAAUAAGCCUGCAAUGGGAUAUAUUUAUGAGGCUAUGGAUAGAGCAAAGGAGACGAUUAAAAGAUCUUUUAAUGAAAAUGAAGAAAAAUAUGAGAAAAUUUUUACAAUCAUUGACGAAAGAUGGAAUUGUCAACUUCAUCGUCCCUUACAUGCAGCAGGAUAUUAUUUGAACCCUGAAUUCUUUUAUAAGAUUAAAUCUGUUGGAUUUGAUGCAGAAGUUUUGGGUGGGUUAUAUCAGUGUGUUGCAAGAUUAGUUCCCAGCAUUGAGGUUCAAGAUAAGAUUAUUCAUGAAUUAUCUUUAUAUAAAAAUGCUGAAGGUCUUUUUGGAAUUCCAAUUGCCGUUCGAUCCAGGACAACUACCUCUCCAGCUGAAUGGUGGAGUCUAUUUGGAAAUUCCACCCCGAACUUACAGAAAUUUGCUGUCAAAGUACUUAGUUUGACAUGUAGUGCUUCGGGUUGUGAGCGAAACUGGAGUGUCUUUGAGCAUAUUCACUCGAAGAGAAGAAAUCGGUUAGAACAUCAACGAUUGCACGAUCUUGUUUACAUAAAGUAUAAUCAAGCUUUGAAGACUCGUCAUGAUUUGAAAAAUAGAUUUGAUUCAAUCUCAUUGCAAGAUAUUGAUGAUUCAAAUGAGUGGUUAGUAGGAGAAAUUGGUGCUAACUUGCAAGAUGCUGAAGACGAGCUUGUAUUUGAAGAUGAUAGAUUGACGUGGGGAGAUGUGGCAAGAGCUUCAGGUGCUGGAGAAUUACAAACAUAUACAAGACAGAUGUCAAAGAGAAAAAUGAGUGCAAAAGCAUCAAGCUCGGCUCCUGCUAUUGUUGAAGACAUAGAGAAUGAAACAUAUCUUGAUGAAGAGGAAGGAAUCGAAGAACAAGAGGAAGAAGACGAAUUCAAUGAAAGAUGAUUUGUGUGAAAAUGACGAUAAUAUUGAUUAUGAUGAAUGACUUUGAUGUAAAAUGUUAAUGUUUUGAAUUUUGAAACUUUUUGUUAAUGUGACAUUGUGAUUUUGUAUCUUAGAUUUUCUUAAUUUAAUAGCAUAUUUUUAUUUAAAAUUUUAAAUAAUUAUAUUUAUUAAUUAUAUUAUAUAUUUUUAUAUUUUUGCGCCUCGCUU